AUGGUCUGCACAGAGGUGGACUGGCCGAACGGCGGAGACGGGUUGUAUGUCAAGGAUCUCUCUUCCGAGCUCUCUACUCUAUCUAUCGACUCGGACGAAGCACUUCUCAAGUUUCAUAGAGGGCAGCUGUUGGAGAUCGACGAACUGUGGUACCGAUUAGUGCCACCAGAAGCUCGUGAGGUUUUAGAUCAGAAGGAAGUCCAACGCCAGUCUAUCCUCUUCGAGCUAGUCAAGUCUGAGAGAGACUAUGUUUCCGAUCUGGAACUCGUCCAGGAGGUGUUCAUAGAUCCCCUGAGAAAUACCCUGGCGGUCCCGGACAAUCGUAUCGCUACGUUUAUAUCGGAGACCUUCUUCAACAUCAAUCAAAUCCUCGCACACCAUCAGCGGAUGUUAUCUGCCCUAUUUGACCGACAACGAGAGCAGUUUCCUUUGGUGCAGAGCCUAACGGACAUUAUCCUCGACAACAGCCUGAAGUUUCGACAAGACUAUGAAGAGUACAUUGCACACUACCCCCUCGCGGAAAUGCGCCACCGGAACGAAAUGCGGCGGAACCAGCGCUACCAGUACUUCCUCCAGCAGUGCUCGCACAAUCCACGUGUGCGGAAACGUGACCUCAUUACCUUCAUCUCGCGUCCCGUCACCCGCCUCCCGCGACUGCUGCUACUUCUGGAGAACAUCAAGAAGUAUACGGACCCUGACCAUCCCGACUUCGAAGCUAUCCCACUCGUGGUCGGUAUCCUAAGCGACUUCAUCAAGGGCGCCCAGCACGGCAUCGAGGAGGCCGAGGAGAAGGUGCACUUUUGGAGUUUGUGUGAGAGCUUGGCAUUCCAGAAGGGCGAGAUAAUCGACUUGGACCUAUACGAUGCAGCACGGUCGUUACAGUACCAGGGCCAGCUCUCGAGGCGAUAUAAAUCGGAGAUGAACUUCCACUGGGCGGACCUGCAUGUCGCGCUACUCGACAACUACCUGUUGCUUCUGAAACCCGAUGCACGUCCUAACACAGUCAUAAGACAUGCUGUCGUUUCAAGACCAAUACCUCUCGACUACUUGCGAUUAGCGGCGUUCGACGGGCCACCCGAGAAUCGCAAGGAGAAGUCGGAGGAGGGUAGCCUAGGGCUUCUGGAUCGAGUACGCCCGCGGUAUCGGCCGAUGUUUCCCUUUACGGUGUAUCACGCCGCAGCUAAGAUGACCCGACGAUACACACUGUACGCGUCGAGCGAGGCCGAGCGCCAAAAAUGGGAAGAAGUCUUGACGCAUACCCUACGAAUGCGGACCAUCAGGCAGGAAGGAAACAAGUUCUUCGAGCCGUUCGUAAUCAACGACGGCUUCUUCAAGCGGCCUGAGCUCGCUCUCGUCAACAAUCCCCAUGCUGUCGGGUCGCACUACACAGGCCCCGUUACUGCUGUGACGAAGAUGUAUAGCAAUGGCGUCAAGUUCAGAGCGGUGGCUUGCCCCUCAGGCGUGUAUAUCGCUCAGAAGGACGAGCCUGCGUUCCGCAAAGUCCUAGAUGUUGACAACCCAACCUGUCUAGUUGCUAUCGAGGAAGUCAACAAGUUCUUUGUCUUGCACGACUACGGACUGUGCUCGUACUCCCUGGAUUUGGUCGCUCGAGCCGCUCUCGGGAUGUCGAGCGUGCAGAGCGUAGAAGCGUCGCGAGAGCGUCUGGCGACCGAUGUCGUCUUCUUUCGCGCCGGAAAGAUAGCAAAGCGUGUUGUCGUAUUGUACGUUUCGAGGAAGUACUACGCGGUGGUGGCGCAGCUAUCUGCUUUGGAGGUGGUAAAUAGGGGAGACCCCAGCGCCUCGUCGAGACGAAUCGCCAAUGGGCUACAUUCUUUCCGGCCUUUUGGAGAGUCCUUAACGAUACCGAAGGAUACCCACAACAUCAGCGUCUUCAAUAACCAUGUUGUCGUCUGCUCAGAGAACAAGAUUCAGAUUGCGGACCCUGCGAACUUGCGCCUGAGUGGAAGUCAUCGCACCGCGUCGUUCCCAGACUUCACCGAUGCCGAGACACAGAUCAACUUACCCAUGUCGUCGCUCAAGAACCGCUGUCAGAGCGCCAAACCGCUGGGGCUCAUCCGCUGCCCGAAGUACGACAAGGACGACAAGGACGAGUUCCUCGUAAUCUAUGAUGAGCUCGGCUGCUAUACGGAUCAGCAUGGUGUCCCUACGCGCAACUCCGGAUACCUCCGCUGGGAGGUCAAGGCGGUCUCAUACUCGUAUCGCGGGGACUACAUCAUCCUCUUCUCGCCCGAGUUCAUUGAGAUUCGCACCGUCCGGACGGGCAAGCUCAUGCAGGUCAUCGAGGGUGAGGACAUCCGCCGCGUUGACGUAGGCUUGCUCAGCGACGGGCGCGACGCGACGACGCUCGUGGCGUGGAAAGGCCGCGAAGAGCGUGGGCUUGUUGUCGACACCCUCGUCGAGCUAAUCGAGACCGCCCCGCUGCAGCACUCCAGUUCACGCGCGUCCGAGGUGCGCAGCGAGCAGCAGUGGGCCGAUUUCGACGAAUUGUGACGAUCCAGAUGUAUUUUCCCUUACUGUACGAGGUCGGACGCUCCUAACUGACAUGCAAUGUGGCAUGUGAACUGCUCUCUGUGUAACACAUAUACGAAGCUCAUGGCUCGAGGUAUCUGUGUGAUAUAGUUUAUGUCUUGCUUAGACCUUAAUGAUUCCGAGGCGCACGCUUAUGGACAUGUAUCGGUAGCCACAGUGAAACCCAGGUAUAUUGCAAAGAUGUACUCCCGCCUGAAAGUGACCAGCAUAAAUAAACCCAAGAGUCGCGCGAGGUGCUAAGGCGUAGGAAUAAAGAUAGUGAUACAUUCGGAACCGUAUCGUCAUCGGCGAGUCGAAACAUAUCUACUGACACAAUCUGUUAUGUGGGGGGCCGGGUAUCUGUCGCGGCGCGGAAGGAGGCGGCAAUCACGAACUAGAGGACUUCGUAGACACGUCGUGUUAACGGAGGGUAUAUGCACUGCACAUCGAACGAGACGCCCUUAAACCGUGAACACCGUCAUGCCCUGGAGGUUGUUCGGGUUGAUGGAGAUGCCCGCAGCACUGGUAGGCCCAGAGAUGUCAAGCGUGGAAAACCUCUCCGCAAGGCCGGGGGAGUCGAGCGCAAUAACGUCGACAGAGGUAGCGUUUGCUGCCAAGACGUACGCAAAGUCUCGGCCGUUGACGGUACCAAUAUCAAGAUCGAUCGUGGCAGAACCCGGGGUCAAGAGAGUUUGCCCAACGAUCGUACCCUUCAAGUUAUCGUCGACGUGCACCUCCGUGACCGCAGAGGUGCCGAUGUCGGUCACGUAGAAGUUGCCCGUCUUGGACGAGAACGCGGACCAGCACGUCGCGACCUGGCCGUCGAUCGCGUUCGCCGAGCUCUUGCUGUCGUCCGCGAGGUCGAGCACGUCGAAGCCGAUGCCCGCGUCCGUCGCAAGGAUCGCGUUCUUCCCGGGGAUGACCGACAUCCCGAACGGGAGCAGGCCGCCCUUGGCCGGCGCGACCUGCUUGAAGUCCGCGCUCAGCGAGCCGUCGGCCGCGACGUCCCACACGGCGAAGAAGCCCGCGUUCGGCGGGGUGCCCUUGACGGAGACGAUGAGCUGCUUGCCGUCCUCGGAGAAGAGGAUGUGCGACGCGGUGCCCGCGGGGCCCGCGGGCGGCGUGUCCGUCUUGAGCUUGUCCGUGAGCAGGCGGAGCGAGUUGUUGAUCGCGAGCGGCCCGAGCUUCUUGUCGACGCUGUAGCAGUUCACGCCGUUCACGCGGCCGCCGUUGAGCACGCAGAAGCGGGUGCCGUCGGCGUUGAACGCGACCGAGAUCGGGAACUCGCCCUCGGUCGAGACGGGGUCGCCGAGCGCGGUCAGCUUCGUCGGGUUCUUGGCGUUGAUGGAGAACAGCGAGACGGUGUCCGAGCCGGGGUUGACGGCCGCGAGAACCUUGCCCUUCUUGGACGCCUUGAUGCUGCCUUGAGAGAACAGAGCGUCGGGGCCGUCCGCCUUGCCAUGAGAUCCACGGCCACCAGCAUCGACAGCGCUGUCGAGAUUCAGGGAACCAUCAGCAUUUAUGGUGGCGACGAGGAUCUGGUUCUCAUUGGGGUCAUUGGACAGGAGGUAAACAGCACCGGCCGCGUCGAGGCGGGUCGUCCCAGCCAUCUUCCUAACCGCACCCGCACCAGCUCGACGCUGGAAGGGGACCGCGGACACGACAGUAACGGCCGUGAGGACAGCGGUGAGCAGGGCUGCAGAGAACUUCAUCUUGGCCGGUGGAGUGUAUUAGUAGAAAAGAUCGACGAGUCGUAUACGAAAGCCGGACAGCCGAAUGUGUCGUAAGAGAGUGUGAAGAGGGAGAAGAUGAUGUGAGCACAGCUCCGGCGUCGAGCACGAUGAAAACAACCGGGACGGAGACCAGCAGCGCCGCGCACCCAGGCGGAAACGCGAACGGGAAGAGGAGGGAGGGAAAACAACGAAGGCGAGCGGGGACUGGAGAAAGACACCCCGCCCGAGCCCGGUCCGCUAUAAGGAACGGGCGUAGAUCUGCUGAUGAACUGUCGACGCGGACGACACUCGUCCACAUCAGCGUUCGGCCCCUGGCGUCGGCGCUCGCGUUUCGGCUUGGACCUGCAAUGCUGUGUAUGGUCCAAUGGAUGUCGAGGAUGCAGUCGGUUACGAUCAUCCAGCCCUCCGGCGUUGUCGUGUUGUGAGUAUUAGAGCCACACCAGGUGAGUGAAUGCUGCAAAAAGGAGUUUGCACGGCUAUGUUACGAAGGCCAUGCGCUCUUCCCAUAUCCCUCGUCCCGACGGAGAGGGGAAGCGAAGGACGGUCGAGAGCGAAAAGUCCUGGACGAGGGAGCUGCUCUCCGACGACACUGCACGACAUAUCACGACGCCCAACGGACCACAAGACCGUCGGGAGCGCGGAAAAUGAUGCAGUUCAAUGUUGACAUGAUAAACGUCGAGACUCAGGGCGAGUAUAGGCCGCAGAUGACCUGAUGCUACUUACGUUUACGACCUACCGGGUAUGUAUGUACCUCCCCGACGGUUUGCGUCCUCCGAAGGGCAUACAUAUGUCGAGAACUGCGCUAUAUACACCUCCUUCUCAGGUGUCAAUUACUUCGCCAAUGUACAGAAAGUCGUCCAACCAGAGGUUGGUGUGCCGCACGAUUAGAAAUUUGGCAGAACCCAAAGCGCACUCGAGCGUGGAUUGUAAGUCCGGGACCUGGCAAGGAACGCCCUGGUACAGAAGCG